AUGUCAGGGAAACUGGUUUUUGCGAACGACGUUCUGUCGAUACUUCUUUUUCUUUUCUUUUUUUUUUUCUAUUUUAACUUCAUGUUUGUCUUUGCGUCACUCUUUCAUUCCUUUUCUUUCUUUCUAUCUAACUAUAUUUCGUUCGUUCUUUCUUUCUUCUUUCUUUCUGUCUACGUUUCUUUCUUUGGUUCUUUUCUUCUUUCUUUCUACCUAGUUUUCUUUCUUUCUUCCUUUACUUCAUUCUUCCUUUUUUUUCUUCUUUCUGUCAAGCGUUUUUCUUUCUUUCUUUAUAUUAUUCCUUUCUUUCUGUCUGCAUUUCAUUCUUUCUUUCUUUCCUUCUUUCUUUCUUUUUCUUUCUUUCUAUCUAACUAUAUUUCGUUCGUUCUUUCUUUCUUUUUUUCUUUCUGUCUACGUUUCCUUCUUUGCUUCUUUUCUUCUUUCUUUCUAUCUAGUUUUCUUUCUUUCUUCCUUUACUUCAUGCUUUCUUUUCUUUUCUUUCUUUCUUUCUGCAUAUGCUUUCUUUCUUUCUGUCAGUAUUUCAUUCUUUCUUACUUUCCUUCUUUCUUUCUGUCUACGUUUCGUUCAUUAGUUCUUUUCUUCUUUCUUUCUGCCUAUGUUUACCUCUUUUUCUUUCUUUCUUUCUUUCUUUCUUUCUUUCUUUCUUUCCUUCUUUUCCUAUUUUCUUUCUUUCUGCCUAUCCUUUCUUUUUUUCUUUCAUUUUUUUCUUUUCUUCUAGUUAGUAAAUUCCAUCUAUUUUUUUUUUCCUUUUUGAGUGUUUACCUCUUCUUUCUUUCUUUCUUUCUUUCUUUUCUUUCUUUCUUUCUUUCUUUCUUUCCUUCUUUUCCUAUAAAUUCCAUCUAUUUUUUCUUUCCUUUUGAGUGUUUACCUCUUCUUUCUUUCUUUCUUUCUUUCUUUCCUUCUUUUCCUAUAAAUUCCAUCUAUUUUUCUUUCCUUUUGUUUUUCCUGUUUACCUCUUCUUUGUUUUUUUUUUCUUUCUUUUCUUUUUUUUUCUUUCCUUUUUUCCUAGUUAGUAAAUUCCAUCUAUUUUUUUUUCCUUUUGAGUGUUUACCUCUUCUUUUCUUUCUUUCUUUUUUCUUUUUCUUUCUUUCUUUCCUUCUUUUUCCUAUGUUUACCUCUUCUUUUUUUUCUUUUUUAUUUCUUUUUUCUUUCUUUCUUUCCUUCUUUUUUCUUCUUUUUUCCUAUUUUCUUUCUUUCUGCCUAUCCUUUCUUUUUUUCUUUCAUUUUUUCUUUCUUCUAGUUAGUAAAUUCCAUCUAUUUUUCUUUCCUUUUGAGUGUUUACCUCUUUUUCUUUCUUUCUUUCUUUCUUUCUUUCUUUCUUUCUUUCCUUCUUUUCCUAUUUCUUCGUAUGCUGAUCUCUCUCUCUCUUUCUCUCUCUCUUUCUCUCUCUCUCUCUCUCUCUCUCAAUCACAAUAA